CAGGAGCCCGUGGAGCGGCUGCGCCAAGAGCUCCAGGCCACCCAGGAGGACCUGGCCCACAGCCGGCAGCACGCCCAGCAGUGCGAGGACAAGGCCCAGGGGCUCCGGGAGCAGCUGGCUGCCAGCCACAGCCAGGUAAGAGCCAGGAGUGCGGGCGCGCCUCCUGCCAGCCCCGGUGCAGCAUCACGCCGAGGCUGGGCAGCAGGGACGGGGCCAGAGCGUGGCUCGUCUGCAGGCCCCCAGCUGCACCCAGGGUUGCGUGAGGCCGACCCCCGCCAUCGCCCCGCGGAUCCGGCCUGAUGCCAUGCGCUGCUGCAGCGAAGUCCGUGCGGACUGGCAGUGCGCAGCUGGUGGGCCUGCAAGCUGGGUCUGGAGACAUCCAGGCACAGAGAGCCCUCUGCUCCCUGGCCUCCUGCCCAGGCCCUGGGCGUGGGGCAUUGUCAGAGCCCUGUCUUUCCCACUGGAUCCGGGUGCCCAGCGUCGUCCUUCCCGCGGUCCCAUCUCCCAUACGUCUCGCUGCCUGUUGCCUUCUCCAUCCUGGGGCCAUGUCUGCUCCCCCGUUCCUCACGGCCCUGGUGCAUGCAGGUGGCGGCAGGCGCGGUGGCACUGAGGGACGCUCAGUCGGAGUUUGCCUCCAAUGGGGCUGCUCACAGCCACAGCGAUGCCAGCUAUGACUGCCUGGCUCUCCAGGCCACGGCGCUUCAGCAGAGGCUGCUGGAGCUGGAGGUGGAGAGCACUGUGCAUCAGCAGCGGGCAGAGGAGGCCGAGCGCCUGGCCCAGGACUGGGAGCUGCAGCUGGAGCGGGCGGCAGAGCAGAAGCACAGCACCAAGAGAGACCUAGAAGUGCUGGAGCUGGAGCUGCGGGGCCUGCGGCAGAGCGCGGCCGCCCAGGCAGAGCGCACGCAGCUGGAGGCGGCCGAGCGGCAGCAGCAGGUGCAGCAGCUGGAGCAGCAGCUGCAGGAGAGCCACCAGCGCAGCGCCCAGAGGGCCCAGGCCAUGCAACGGCGUGAGAAGCAGCUGCGGCAGGUGCGAGCGGAGCUGGCGCAGGCACGGGCAGCGCAGGUUAGCAUGCAGCAGGAGCAGCAGCAGAGCGCGGGGACAAGCGCGGCGCUACGCCAGGAGCUGCAGGGGCUGCGGGAGAGCCUGCAGCAGGAGGCCGCGGCGCGGGCGCAGCAGGAGGAGCGGGCACUGCUGGCCCAGGGGAGCCUGCAGAGCGUGCAGGAGCAGCUGCGGCAGUGCCAGGCGGAGGCUGUGCUGCUCCAGCAGGAUGGGCGGCGCCGCGAGGCCGAGCUGCAGGUGCUGCGGGACCAGGCCACCACCAGCCAGCAAGAGGCCCAGCAGAGCAGGUAGGGCCCGGCCUCCGGGCGUCUGCUUCAGCCCUGAGCCCCAGGCCAGGCAUCCCUCAGCCCUGCCCAUCACUCCCAGGGAACUGCUCCAGCGCCUGAGGAAGGAGCUAAGCCAGUGGCAGGAGAAGCACAAGGUGGCCGCACAGCAGGGCCUGGAGC